GCCGCUCUCGCGAGACUCCGCUCGCCCCGCCCCUUCCGGUGAUGGCCGCGCGGCCGCGGCAGCAGCAGCAGCAUGCACUCGGACGACGUUGUCUGGGACACGCUGGGGAACAAGCAGUUCUGCUCCUACAAGAUCAGGACGAAGACGCAGAGCUUCUGCCGCAAUGAGUACAACCUGACCGGGCUCUGCAACCGCUCCUCCUGCCCGCUGGCCAACAGCCAGUACGCCACCGUCAGGGAGGAGAAAGGCCGCUGUUACCUCUACAUGAAGACGAUCGAGCGGGCGCCUUUUCCCAGUCGUCUCUGGGAGCGGGUCCUGCUGAGCAAGAACUAUGAGAAAGCGCUGGAGGAGAUAGACGAGAAUCUCAUCUACUGGCCCCGCUUCAUCCGGCACAAAUGCAAGCAGCGGUUCACCAAGAUAACGCAGUACCUCAUCCGCAUCCGGAAGCUGACGCUGAAGCGACAGAGGAAAAUCGUUCCCCUAAGCAGAAAGAUUGAAAGGCGGGAGAAAAGAAGAGAGGAGAAAGCCCUGGUCGCUGCUCAGCUGGACAACGCCAUCGAGAAGGAAUUGCUGGAGAGACUGAAGCAGGACACGUACGGAGACAUUUACAACUUCCCCAUUCACGCCUUCGACAAAGCUCUGCAGCAGCAAGAUGCAGAAAGCGAGAGCGAGUCCGAGGUGGAGAAGGAAGAGGAUGAGGAGGUAACGGCGAUGAAAGAGAGUUUGUGGAAGCAGAUGACAGCGACCUCAGUGACUUUGAGGACAUGGAUAAGUUGGAGACAAGCAGUGAAGAGGAGCAGGAAGAUGAGGAAGAAACAGAGAAGAAAGCGCACUCCAAAUCUAAGGGAAAAACUCCCCUGAAAGGACCAACCAGAAGAAAACGUCCCCACCUUGAAAUCGAGUAUGAAAAGGAAACGGAGCCAGCCGCCAAGACUAAGGCAUCCUGACUCCCUCUGGGCCUGGCAUUUACUGAAUGGCAGCACGCCACGUCUGCCCUCUAGAACUCCUCCAGCUUCACCCCGCUGAGCACAGCCAUCAGAAGUUACUUUUCCAAGGUUCUAGACUAACAGUUUUCUUUUUUUAAAAGGAAGUGAGGGUUUCAGGAUGUCAGGGUUUCCGUCCUGACCCGAGGUAACUGCAGUAACUUUGUACAGCUCUGCACCAAGUGCAAUUUUAAGGAAGAAGACUCCCCACAACCACGUGAGGCUCAGCUCAGGCUGCUCCAGGAAAGAACCUGCCCUCAGAACGCUGCUGCUGUGUUCUGAAGCUGGAGCGCCCACAAGCAGCUCGGAGAGACAGAAGCAAGCCUCGUUUGGGGCAGGUAUGAGGCUAACGGGGCAGAGAUGAGAAAGACAACUUAAAAUAAAUAAAAUAUUUUACUGUA